AUGGUUGCCAUUUCCGUUCUCACUUUGGGAGCAUUGUUCGCACAGGCGCUGGCUAUGCCCGCUGCCACGGAGAGUGCUGUUUCGAGCGCUGCGACCCCCACCGCGGCGUCCACCUCCCUGCCGGUUGCCGAGUCCCAGCUUGACGAAUUGGCUGGAUUGGCAUACAACGCCACUAUCGAGAGUGUCUCGAGCGACUCGGAUGUUCAGAAGCGCGGUGGUUGUUCAUUGAGCAACCUCCGCAUUCGUCGCGAUUGGAGAACUUUCUCUGCAACCCAGAAGAAGUCCUACAUCAGUUCCGUCCUUUGCCUCCAGAAGUUGCCCUCGCUCACUCCCUCCGAGAUCGCCCCUGGUGUGCGGUCCCGUUACGAUGACUUCGUCGGUACUCAUAUCAACCAGACCACGGGUAUCCACUACACUGGAACCUUCCUGGCGUGGCACCGAUACUACAUCUGGAACUUCGAGGAAGCCAUGCGCAACGAGUGUGGCUACACCGGCGAUUACCCCUACUGGAACUGGGGCGCCGACGCCGCUGACCUGGAGAAAUCCCAAGUCUUCGACGGCAGCGAGACCUCGAUGUCCGGCAACGGUGCCUACGUCGAAAGUGUCGGCGACAUUGAGCUCAGCCUGGGUACCUACCCGGUCAUCCACCUUCCCACCGGCACCGGAGGCGGCUGCGUCACCAGCGGCCCCUUCAAAGACUACUCUGUCAACCUGGGCCCAGUCGCGCUGAUGCUGCCUGGCGGACAAUCCGGGAGCUCAGCCAACCCGCUUGCGUACAACCCCCGCUGCCUGAAGCGCGAUCUGAGCACCAAGAUCGUCCAGGACUACGCUAACUUCACCGCGAUCGUGGACCUGAUCCUGCGCAACGACGACAUCUAUGACUUCCAGAUGAACAUGCAGGGUGUUCCCGGCAGCGGCAACAUCGGUGUCCACGGUGGUGGUCACUACUCCAUGGGUGGUGAUCCUUCCCGUGAUGUCUUUGUUAGCCCCGGUGAUCCUGCUUUCUGGCUCCACCACGGUAUGAUUGAUCGCACUUGGUGGAUCUGGCAGAAUUUGAACCUUCGAAAGCGUCUGAAUGCGAUUUCGGGCACUGCUACUUUCUUGAACGGCCCUGCUUCGCCUAACACUACUCUUGACACACUUCUUGAUAUUGGUUAUGCUGGUGGCGAGACUGUUGCUAUGCGGGAUAUCAUGAGCACCGUCUCUGGUCCUUUCUGCUACAUCUACCUGUAA